AUGAGCCAGCAAGUUGACAAGCAAAGCUGGAACCUCGUCUCGGGGCCCGCGGGGGGUCUAGUCAAGUUCAACAAUUGGCUGGCCAUUGGACACCCAGCAAGUUGCAACCUAUCGAGACAACUCUCAACCACCCGCACAAGUUCGACUCCGAUCGCAGUCAUCCCCGAUCUCAAACGCCCGGAGAUGAAACUCUUCACCAUUGCUGCGCUGGCUCUCGUCCUUUCGGUCAUCUCCAUCGUCAACUGCACCAUUAUCGUUUGUCACAGGUGCAAACGCCAAUCUGCCUACGAAGUCGCGUCAUUUAGGGCUCCCUGCGGACAAGAGCUGCGUCCUAAUAGUGGUCAAAUCUGUCAGGUAGAACGUAGCAAGAAACGUUAUGUAUGUCGCAAUGACCAAUGUCAAUUGGGUGUAGAAGUAAACUGCCGCCAGACCGCGAAGACCCCCGUCGAAGAAAGAUCAGUCACUAAAGGCUGUGCGCAUGAUCGAAACAUCGUAGUAAGCGAUCCACUAUCCAUUCGACCCCCGGUGCUGUUCGACUUCUUCCCCGAGAAAGACUAG